AUGACCACAGCAGUUGUUUUUGUGCUCCUCUCCUUUGCGCUUUGCUGCUUCCCAGAUGCUGCCUUUGGGGUUGAGGUAGACUGCAGUACAUAUCCCAACUCUACAAAUGAAGAAGGCAAAGAUGUGUUGGUCUGCCCCAAGAUCCUCGGCCCCAUCUGUGGUACCGAUGGAGUCACCUACAGCAAUGAGUGCCUGCUCUGUGCCUACAACAUACAAUAUGGAACCAAUGUCAGCAAAGACCAUGAUGGAGAAUGCAAGGAAAUUGUCCCUGUGGACUGCAGUAGAUAUCCCAACACAACAAACGAGGAAGGCAAAGUGGUGUUUCUCUGCAACAAAAACUUCGACCCUGUCUGCGGUACUGAUGGGGACACCUAUGACAACGAGUGCAUGCUGUGUGCCCGUAGCCUGGAGCCUGGAACCACUGUUGGCAAGAAGCAUGACGGUGAAUGUAAGAGGGAAAUUGCUACAGUUGACUGCAGUGACUACCCUAAACCUACCUGCUCAGCUGAGGACAUGCCUCUCUGUGGCUCUGACAGCAAAACAUACAGCAAUAAGUGUAACUUUUGCAAUGCAGUCGUGGACAGCAACGGGACUCUCACUUUAAGCCGUUUUGGAAAAUGCUGAGUAUCGGUGCUGAGACAAUUCACCACAGGAUCCCCACUGGCAAAUCCCAGCUGAAGAUCUCGCCUCAGUUCAUCUCGCCCUCUGGGGAGCUCAGCUCACUCCUGAUUUUCUUUCUCAAUAAACUAAAUCAGCAACA